CUCUAGAGAGUAGAGCGAACUGGUUGAGACUGGUUCCACUGAACCAUCAUCUACAACAUUACACUUUUUCACCGCGCAGCCUCCGUCAAAUUGCAGAAUACCACCACCACGCAGGCCACCAAGAACAAGACCUCGAACUGGACUGGUACAUUGUCGGACGCACAGUUAUAAGAAUGAAAUAAGCCAAUAUUGGAGCAAGGUCACUCAUAACUCCUGUGAGGGACAAACAUUUUUGCUGGCUCAAGUACGAUCCGAAAAGAUUAAGAAAAAAAGGAGCCUGCCAUGUCAUGGGAGAGCAUUAAUUCUAAGGAUCUGCUUAGCAUCCCACCAAGCCAGAAUCUGUCUGCAACACGUCUACUUACAUCACCUGAUGGAUCUCGUUACCUAUUGGAAAAUUCUAGCGACUUGUGUCAAUUAGAUGAGAGUUUUUCGCGUUUGGCGGGAUAUGGAUCCAGCCCUGACGUAGGAACCCGUUCCGUAUGGGCUAGCCAGGCGCUAUUACGAUCAGGUUCUAUUAUUAGUUGCUUUUUGUCCUGCCAGCAAAGCCUAAGGCAGUACAUAGCUAAACGAAAGAUCGAGCGAGGACGACGUCUAUAUGAGCAAAACAAUCAAACGGAGGCCGUACGCACUUGGCGUAGUGCACUAAAAGGGACCUGCCAAAGAGAGGACUGCUUUCAGCUACUGGGAUACCUAUAUCAGGCACAUAUGGACUGGGGAAAAUUUCGUGAUGCAAUAGAAUUUAGUCAUCAGCAGCUCGGAAUUUCAGAGGAGCUGGAUUCGCCAAAUAUGCGAGCUGAGACGUACUUAAACCUCAGCAGGGCACACGCCAGUUUGGGAGGCUUGGAGCGAUCGUUGAGUUAUGCCAGGCACUCACUUUACAAUGAAUGCGGCACUAAAUGCAGAAGUGGACUUGUCCAUUUGACGGUUGCACGAGUAUACCUAGAAAUGGGUGGGUUCUCUAGGGCUUUGGAGGGCUUGCAGGGUGCCUACAAAAUUGCUACGGCUAUAGGAGAUCCAUCACUAGAGUUACAAGUAUAUGUCGCGCUCUCUGAGCUCUUCGGGCGACUUCAGGAUAACGAUAAAAGUGCAACAUACGCUUCUAAGGCCUACGACUUAUCACGAUCCCUGCAACUCGGUGACCUAAACUCAUGCCACCAUAGAGCAGCUCUAUUGCGAAUGGCGGUGUCUCUCCGAAAACAGGGUGAGCUUGGAGAUGCACAAGAUUAUUGUAAGGAGGCCACAAAGCUUUCACUUAUUUCUGGAGACCAGGCGACGUACACGCGAAGUAUUCGCGUCAUGGGCGACAUUUACCGAAAGAAAAUGGACAUGGAUCGUGCAUUCCGGCAAUAUGAACAGGCUAUGGGUACGUCAGCAAGCUUAGGAGAUCGUAUGGCCCAAAUGGAGGCUAUGGACGGAGCAGCCCGUUGUUUGGAAACACUCCGCCUACAGAACAAGAUCUGCAACUGCAGACCACUAGAAUUUAACACUAGACUUCUGGAAGUUGCUAGCUCAAUUGGUGCUAAGUUUCUUGUUCGCAGAAUUCGUUGCCGACUGGCAUUGAUCUACCGUGCACUAGGCGACGAGGAUCAAUACAACACACAUUUUAGACUAGCUAAUCAAACGGAUGCAGCGCUAGGCUUAAAUUGCGGAGCGUGUGGGGAGUUGUUUGGCCUUCGUCCAGAAAACUUGGAAGCUCUACCCUGUGCACACAUUCUUCAUGCAAGAUGUGCCUACAAUAUCUUGCGACGGCGGGAGAAAAAUGCCCCGCGAUCAUGCCCCGCCUGCAACAAACUGGUCAGCUCGCGCACACACCUCUGCAGCAGCGUUCCGGCUGAAACUGAAGGCGCCGACAGGGACGUCGCAGCCUCUUCUACCUUCAAUGUGAAUGCUUUGUCGAUCGACGGCCUCCUAGGGAUAAACUCCGACAUCCUUUUACCUUCGGCCACGUUCUGCAACGUUAAGAAUCCAGCUCUAGACAGCGAAAGUAGCACUCUGCUAUCUCCCAAAGUUAUUUACCACAGCAACUUAUCAUUGGCAUCGCUAAGUAUGCGCGCAUCUAGUCUGACGAUCGAUAGCGGCCAAAACGUUACGUCAUCUGUGUGAAUGAAACAAGUCGACUUUGAGCACAUGCAAAUUGGAUCGAGUCAUCGUGCAAUAUCAGGAUCGUGAUUUUAUCGCUUGUUAUCAUAGAUAGAUUAGUUCGAAUUAUAGAUACUUGCAUUUUAAAUGCUCACAGAAGUUAACAGUUUUGUUUAAGUUAAUAAGCCUGUUAUAAGCAACUGAGACAUUAGCAUAUAAACUACUGCUUAUGCUUGUAUUUUAACUUGUUUCUCUACUGAAGUACCUUAUCCAAACUAGUACUUGUAACGUAUUGUGUAUUGUUCAAGUCUUAGGAUUAAAAAAUUCGCACUUACAUGUUAGAUUGUUCUUAUAUGAGUAUGGAUGCACACAAAGAAGUUGUAUACAAUAAAUUGUUACUGUGUUAUUAACACUAAUUAUUUGAAAGGUA